AGUGAGAAAACCUUUAGGACACCAGUAAAUAAUGUACAAAGCAAAUUCAUCGUUGUCUAGUUCUGGAAGACAGGGAAUACAACUGUCCGAUAAGGUCCUGCAGCUACCAUCUCUUGGACGCCCCUUUGAACUUGGAAUGCUAUAUGACUGCAGAAGUGAUUCCAUGAUUCCAGGCAUGACUUUGUGGAGCAAAGAGACAUUGGAAAACAGUUGUGAUGAACGACCACAGUAUGACACGCAGUUCAACAUCACUGCAUCAGACGACUUUGAACAGAAACAUUCAGCUUUAAAUGUGAGUGCAUCCCUUAAGCUUAGUCUCUUUGGGGGGCUGGUAAAUCUGCAAGGGUCAGGAAAGUAUCAUUCUGAUACUAAGUCCUCCAAAAAACAGGCUCGUGUGACUCUACAAUACUACGUAACCACAAAAUACACAUCCUUAACAAUGUAUCAUCUGGGACAAGAGUCUAUUCAGUACCCAUACAUUUUUGAGAAGGAUAUAGCAACUCAUGUUGUUUCUGCUAUAUUAUAUGGUGCUCAGGCUUUCUUCAUCUUUGAUCAGCAUGUCUCAACAGAGAACGAGGUGCAAAAUGCAGAGGGACACAUGCUUGCCAAAAUCAAAAAAAUACCACUAGUGGAAAUUGAAGGUGAAGCAAAAGUGGAGUUUGAUGCUGAUGCAGAGCAAAAAAAUGAACAAUUUCAUUGCACAUUUUAUGGUGAUUUCAAGCUUAAGAAAAACCCGGUUACUUACGAAGAUGCUAUCCACACGUAUUCGGUACUUCCAAAAAUGCUCGGAGAAAAUGAUGAACAUGCUGUUCCAUUUACAAUUUGGUUACUUCCAUUAAGUAAAAUAAAUUCAAAAGCAGCUUCUCUUGUACAAGAAAUCAGUGUCACAUUAGUCACACAAACACAAAAUAUCCUAGAAGAGUUUCUUAGCAUUAAAAUGCACUGCAAUGAUGCUUUAAAAGACAGCAUUGUGUCCAGUUUUCCUACAAUGCAGAAAAAGAUUCAAAAGUUCAAGGCUUAUUGUAAUGAGUACACAAUCAUUUUCCAAACGGCUUUGGCUGACAUUUUGCCAUCAAUCCGUAGUAGUGGGGUUGAAGAGCAGAAACUUGCAAAUGUCUUAAUAAGUAAGGAGAGGUCUCCGUUUAGUAGCUGCUUAGUAAAUGAGUGGACCAGUAACAUGCUGAGAGAAAAAAAUGUGAUCAGUAAUUAUAGUACCAUGUUAUUGGAAAACAGCUGUACAGAACCUGAGGGGAAACGGUCCAGUCAGCAUAACAUAAAAAUUUGUUCGGACAUUGAACUGGACAAAGAGCUGUGUGACCUAAUGGUUGAGCAUGUUGUCUGUUUUAACUUCACCUCUCUGAACGAAGGAGAUGAGUAUAUUACUUAUCUUGCAACAUAUCUGAACAUGCAAGAAAGUGUGCAGGAUACUAAGCAGUAUACAAACAAACAGGAACCAUGGUUUUUGUCUGAGGAAGUGCGUAAAAACAUGAGGGAAGCUGCAAAAGGUUUUAUUGAAUUUGCAGCAGCUAACACAAUGCAUAAAAAAACAAAGUUCUUAAUUACUUCCAUAAAUGAUAAAACAUGCAAAGGUGCAUCCAUAUUUCUGUACAAGAAUGGAGUCCUGAAAAGUAAACAAUUUCAUCCCCCAUCUAAACCUGGUGCUCCCAUGGUCUGUGAACCAACAUGUAACAGUCUGAUGCUAAAAAUACAACCACCACAGUAUGGAGCUGAAAAUAUUAAAAAAUACAUUGUGGAAUACCAUACUCCCGGCACGACGGAGUGGAAGUCUGUUGAAACUUCGAAUCCAGAUUUGUCAUUUACUGUAUCUGCUUUACAGGAGGGUACAGAGUAUGAAUUUAGGUGCAAAGCAGUGUGUGACCCAGGGCUGAGCAUCACCAGUGACAUAAGUGAACGCAUGUGCACCCUUGGUGAAGGGAAUGCAGUACCAAAAACAUGUCACAAUAUCCUAACACAGCAGCCAGGAUCCAGUCCAGUAAACUUCACUGAUGAUGCAGAUCACCUGACCCUGGACACAGACACAGCUCACAAGAACUUGACUGUAACUCUAGACUGCACUACUGUGAUCUAUACACACAAAAAACAGGCCGUCCAUAGCAAUCACAAGAGGUUUGAAUACUACAGUACUGUGUUGAGCUGCAAGAGUUUCUGCACAGGGAUUCAUUGCUGGCGUAUGGAGAUUGAACUGGAGGAGCAGAAGAACUUCUUCAGUCACUGGGGUGUAGGGGUAGUUAGGGAGUCUGUGAGCAGAAAGAAAAGGUGGCACUUGGUAGCUAAGCAUGGGGCCUGGCUUCUCUGGGGAUUCCGGAAUGGUACUUUCAGAACUGAGGACUUUCUUCUCCAUCUACCUAGGACCCCUCAUAAGCUUCACCUGACUGUGCACCUGGAUUACGAGGGAGGGCAGUUGUCAUUUUACAAAACAGAUAACAUGCAACACCUGUACACAUUUUCUGAGAAAUUUACUGGGAACCUGUUUCCAUUCUUUGAUAUCCGUGGAGGUACAAUAAAACUGCUGAAUCCCCCAGAAUUUUGUUAGCUGUCCCAAGGAUUUGGGUUGUUUGCAGUCCAUACUGAUCGACAUACUGGUUCUUUAAAAGAGGAACACUGUCCAUUUAUAAUAAUCAUCACAUAUACACAUAUAAUGGGGAGUUCACUGGGAAUUUGGUUCCCUUAUUUUGUAUGUGGAUGGGUAAAAUAAAACUUCCAUAUGGCUAGCCUUAUUGAUGUUCCUAGGUAAAGACCAAGUUAGUGACUUUUCCGUGGAACAUGGGGAAUACUUAUACUCUGUGCUGAUCUGUAUAACAGCUUUAAGAAGGGUGAUCACUGUUGGUUUACAACAGAGAUAAUGUACCAUAUCUAUAUGUCACCAGAAGCUACUGGUAGCUUCCUUCCCAUUCUUUUGUAUGUAAUGGAGUAAUAGGUUACAAUAAAACUGCAUAGCCCUCACCUCACUGAUGUCC